CAUGCAAGGACGACAUUAUAUAUGAAAUAACAGUACAGUGUACAAACACAAAGUGCACACAGUCCUCAUACUAUUACUGAUUUGUUUGUUCGCUAUAGAUUUGUGUACAUGGUUACUGCGUGCACGUUAAGUGGAGGAUGUGGACUGCAAAAUUUCGUGUGUGAAGCCUCCACGGGGUUAAACAGGAAUAACGUUGAUGAUAUGUUGUUCCGUGGUUAACAGCAUGGAGGCAGGAGCUCCACAUCGUGACCGAUGUGACGCCUUCUUUACCAAAGCUGCGUGAGCAGGGAACUCUGAAAAAGUCAACAAGUGCAGUUUUUUCACACUGACUUACACGUGUUACAUGAUUUUAUACAUGUACAUAUACGCAAUUCAGCUAGGCCUACUGUAACUCAAUGUUUCAUUUUGGAGAAACGGGCAUAAUACCAUCAUGACUACAAAGACUGAGCAGGUCAAAAUGGCCGUGCUGGCUGGGGAUCUAGAGAUCAUCCCUCCAAUUCCAUCCAAAGUUGUCCGGAUCUUUGUCAGCUCUACUUUUGGAGAUACGGUCACAGAGCGCAACUCCUUACUGGACCGGGUGUAUCCCACCCUUCACGAGUGGUGCGUUUUACACGAUCUGGAGUUCCAGGUUGUGGACAUGAGGUGGGGAGUCCGGGAUGAAGCCAGCGCUUUCCACAUGACCACGGCCCUCUGCAUCCGCGAGAUCAAGAACUGCAUCAGGCUGUCCCUGGGACCGAACUUUAUGUUCAUUCUCGGUCAGCGAUAUGGCUGGAGACCCAGCCCAGCCAGCAUAGAUGCGAAAGUUUAUCAGACCCUCUUGAAAUACACCACAGGCCAGGAAUCCGCCCUGUUAGCAGAAUGGUAUCUCCUGGAUGAGAACUCGGACCCGCCCAUUUACGCGCUGCAGCCAAUCACCAAAGAGAAAACUGAGCAGUGGAAAGCAGCUGGGAAAGAGCUGCCCAAUGUGCUGAGGCGGGCUGCCACACUUGCAGCCAAGGCAGGGGAGAUAGACGAUGAAGUGCGGCACAAAUUUUUCAUGUCAGUCACUGAGCAAGAAUUGAGAGCAGCCCUUGAUGUACCUGUUCCAGAUGACCACUGCGUGGGUUUCAUGAGAACUCUCAAUAAUCUCUGUAAUUCCCUGUCUGACGCUAACGCUAGCCGCUACUGCGACAUGACCAGCGAUGGCCAGCUGGAUGAUGAGGCCCAACAGCUCCUGGAGAAGCUCAAGACAAUGGACAUCCCCUCCCGACUGAGCCCAAGCAAUAUCCACCAUUACAGCAUCUCCUGGACCCAGGAGGGGGUCACCCUGAGUGACGCCGACCACCGGAGCUACAUGAAGCAGUUCACCAGGGCUUUCGUGGAGGACGUCAAGAGGCUUGUGGUCAAGGCUAAGGAGCAGGCAGCAGCUGAUGGGAGCCUGAGUGAGGACUGGCUCUUCAAGGAGAUCUCCCACCACGCCGAGUUCUGCCGUAACAAGUGUGAGAACUUCUGCGGCUGCGAGGACACCCUGGGAAAGAUCUUCGCUGCCGUCGGAGAGGGUACCACGCACCGUGUUGUGGUCCUUCAUGGUCCUUCGGGAAGCGGCAAGACAUCUAUAAUGGCUGUCGUUGCCAAGAGGGCACGCCGAUGCCUGGGUGCCUCCACGGUGGUCGUCCUGCGCUUCCUGGGCACCUCUUCCCACAGUUCCUCCAUCCUCCAGGUCCUGAAGAGCGUCUGCUUGCAGAUUUGCGCCGUCUACAGUCUCCCGCUGCCCUCGCACAACGUCCUGGAAAACUUCCAGGAGAUGGCGGCCUUCUUCGGUGCCACGCUACAAACCAUCUCGGCAGAUGGUGGUAAAGAGCGUCCCCUGCUGAUUGUCCUCGACUCGCUGGAUCAGCUGGAAGGUCUUCAUGGGGCACACAAAUGCAAGUGGUUGCCCAAGAGGUACCUACCCAACGUGCACAUUGUCCUGUCCACUCUCCCAGGCAUGCACAGGAUCUUGGAUAACCUGAGGUUGCUCUUUGCAGCCGAUGGAUAUUUCCUGGAGGUGAAUCCCUUACCGGAGAGCACUGGAGUUGAAAUCUUUGGCACUUGGAUGAAGGAAAUUCACAGACGGAUCACUGAGGGCCAGGCGGACAUUGUGCGAAAAGCAUUCAGGCACUGCAGACAGCCCCUGUUCCUGAAGCUGGCAUUUGAGGAGGCUCGUCGAUGGAGGUCCUACACCGAAGUCACGGAGGAGGCUCUGGCGACUACCAUCAGGGCAGCCAUCUGGAAGCUGUUUGCUCGCCUGGAGGUGGAAUUUGGCACAAAAGUGGUCUCGCACGCUCUGGGAUACAUCACUGCCGCAAGGAACGGGCUGAGCCAUUCAGAGCUGGAAGACAUCCUGUCCCUUGAUGACGAAGUCCUGGACGAGAUCUACCAGUACUGGUCGCCGCCCAGCCAGGAGUUUGUCCGCAUCCCGCCGCUAAUGUGGACCAGGCUCAAGUACGAACUGGAGGAGUACCUCGUGGAGCGGCAAACGGACGGCAAGACGGUCAUGGUGCUGUACCACAGGCAGUUUACAGAGGCUGCCAGGGAUCGUUACCUGUGCGACCCCGACAAGAAACAGAAGAGACACCAGGUCUUGGCAGAAUUCUUUGCCGGAACGUGGAGCGGAGGACAGAAGAAGACCUUGAAUCUAACCCAGAGGGAGGAGGUUCACAAGGCAGACCGCCUCGUUGCCCCGCAGCCCCUCAAACGCCACAAGGCCUACAACCAUCGCAAGCUGAGCGAACUGCCCUACCACUUGCUGCAUGCUCACAACACCGAAGAACUUGUCUCACUCACAUUCGGCAACUUCAGCUUCCUGGAGGCGAUGACGCUCGCCCUCUCUGCCCAGCACCUGAUUGAGGAGCUGAGCUGGGUCCUGGAGGAGGAGACUAUCUUGGGGAAGAGUCUUCACACAGAGCUGAAACUCCUACAAGACACUAUCAGACUGGCCAAAUCCACGCUGGACUUCCAGGACAACCAGCAGCCCCUGGCCGUGGAGAUCCUAGGGCGUCUCCUGCACCUAGCCGGGGACCACCCGCAGUGCUUGGGCCGCAUCGUUCAGGGUGCUAGGGAAUGGUGUGGCGGCCGCGGUCCGGCCAAAGAGAUCCUGUUGGUACCCACCCGCAGCUGCUUCUACAUGCCCGGCGGGCCGCUCCGCACCACGCUGGUUGGACAUGGUGGUAUCAUCCUCAGUGUAGCAGUCAACCAGUCUUGCUCCAUGUUGGCCACUGCAUCUGCUGAUGGGUCCGUCAGGCUGUGGGAGCUGGAACACGAUGAAGACAUUUACAUCCUCAAAGGCCAGAAAGGAGGUGCCAUGGCUUGUGUGGCAAUCUCUGCAGACGACCAGUGGCUGGUGGCCGGGUCAGAUGAGAACUACCUGCAGGUAUGGAGCGUGCUCAGUGGCGACUCCGUGCUGCUAGUGCCAGAGAACCACGAGGGAUACGCGCGGCAUGCCAACGUGGCCAUCACGCAUGACUCAACGAGGAUCAUCUCACCCUCAGAGAAUGAUCUGAUGGUCUACAACAUCAGCACGGGGGACAAGUUGCACACAUUCAGGGGCCACACGGCGCUCAUCUCAUGCCUAUGCAUAAGCCAGGAUGACAGGUACGCAGUGACUGGCUCAGACGAUGCCGCGGUGAAGGUGUGGUCCCUCGUCGGCCACCACAUGAUCUGUGACCUCACUACGCACACCGGAUAUGUGACCUACGUCGGCCUGACAUGUGACGUGCAGGUAGUGUCUGCAUCAGUGGAUGGAACGUUGAUCAUAACAAGGCUGCAUCCGCCUGACAAUAAACUCCCCCCGCAGACUCUCCACGUGCUCAAGUCUUGUAAUGAAAAACCGAUUUACUCGGCUUGCCUGAGCUGGGACGAGACGCGAGUCAUUGCCGGCACGGUCAGUAUCGUGUACGUCUGGGAAGUGGCCUCGGGUCGCCUGCUGCAUUCACUUGGAGGUCAUGAUGGGGCUGUCGAUUGUGUGGCCGUCACCCAUGACGACACCCAUCUGGUAUCCGGGGCCCGUGAUGACAUCAUGACUGUCUGGGAGAUGGCCUCGGGUCGCAAGGUGCAGACUCUGGAAGGCCAGCAGGCCAUCGUCUCUCACCUGGCCCUCGCCAAGCAGCUGGUUGUGUCCGCCUCCCUCCACUCACCUUACAUCAAGCUCUGGGACAUCUCCCCCAAGUACCUGCAACAGCGGAGGAUGACGUUCGGCGACAGGAGCGGCAUGGUUGCGGUGACGGCUGAUCAGAGGUUUGUCAUCUUCAAAGGUAUUGAUCCUUUUGCCAAGACCUCCGUUCACAACAUCCAUGUCUGGGACGCGACGACGGGGACAGACAAGCACACCCUUCAGCUUCAUAGCGACGAGGUCACGUGCCUGGCUCUUAGCCACAGUGGUGAGUUUGCCUUCACAGGGAGCCGUGACGCCACAGUCGCCAUGUGGCGGAUAGCGACGGGGAAACUCCACCACACAUUUGCCGGGCACGACGCUGGGCUCCGCGACCUGCGGAUCCGGGCCGACGACCGCUACAUGGCCAGCCUGACUCACGAGAGCGCCCUCUAUGUUUGGGACCUGAAGCAGCUCAAGAAGGUCACGUCGUGCAACCCCUCAGCGGAGCUGGGUGAGGUGACCUGCGUGGCCUUGACGCCUCGGCAGGACGUCAUCCUGGGCACAUCUUCUGGACACAUACUGGUCAGGGAGUGGUCUCCUAACUCGGGAGACGUAAUUGAUCUGGGGUCACUGUUAGAUCAGAGUGCAGAGGUGACGGCUUUGGCAUUGACGGCUGAUGGGACUUUGCUGGCGUCUGGGUAUGAUUGCCCCUGUGUAAUUGUGUGGCAUUUGAAGUCCAUGGAAAAACUCUACAAGUUUAAGUCUGGUUGUAUCGAGUGCAUGUGCUUCACUGGAGACAAUCACUUCCUUGUGACUGGGGCCACAGACAGGAAAAUCAUGCUGUGGAGCAUAGCUGAUGGUGACCUGGCCACCAGCCUCUACACCUACUCCAACCUGACCGCGGUCCGGGCGACCCGAGCAACGCUCAUCGCCUGUACCAAGAUCGGCCAGCUCAUGGCACUCCGCAUCCACCUGCCCGGGGAGGAGGUCGUAGGUCAAGCGGACGGGGACAGAGAGGCCCGGGAGAAGAGGCGGAGUCUGGUAUCAUUCACGAGCAACGGCAGCAGCACUGGCACCAGCAGCACCCUGAGCGGUGCCCUGAGCACCCGGAAGCUGUCCAAAUUCUGUAGCAUUGUGUGACGUUAAGUUAAGUCUUGUCUCUAGACCCCCCAAAAAAUCAAACUUAGGCCAUGUCCGAAACGGGCUUCCAGAGCUACGGCUAGGUCUAUUGUCUAUGCA